CUUCACAUACAUUCACUCACAACACAAAGCAGUAACAAAGCCCAUCCAUCAUCUAUCCCUCUAUCUCUAUUCACACAUCCACUGGUUGGUCGCUUUGUUUGUUAGCCAAUUUGGCCAUCUUUUCUCCCUUCCCAGGUUACAGAAACAGAGUGCUCUUUACGAGAGUAUCUCUCUUCCUCUGCUUCUUCUUUCUUCCCUGAUCCUCCCCUUCCAUCUACCUUACGUACCCGCCUCUGCCCCUUAUUUUAAACUCUUCUUCUUCUUCUUCUUCCGAGGACAUGUGUGAAUCAAUUGCUUCCAGGUCCAUGGAUGAAAGUCAAAAGACAUCUCUCAAGUCGCCCACCCAUCUGGUGGUCGAUCUCUUGCUGCCUCCCUAUACAUUCAUUAACCCAGAAAAGCAGACAGCACAAUGGUUAACGUAUUCGACCCUGCGAGAGAUUGUGUCGGAAGUCAAAUCCCUCUUCAUUCUGGCUUUCCCCAUUGCUCUCACCGCUCUCGUUUUUUACUCUCGCUCCAUCGUCUCCAUGCUCUUCCUGGGUCACCUGGGUGAUCUCCCUCUGGCUGCGGGGUCGCUGGCCAUCGCCUUCGCCAACAUCACCGGCUACUCCGUCCUGUCGGGCCUUGCUCUAGGCAUGGAGCCGCUCUGCUCCCAGGCCUUCGGCGCCAAACGUCCCAAGCUUCUGUCUUUGACCCUCCAUCGCUGCGUGAUUUUCCUCUUGCUCUGCUCCGUACCCAUUUCCCUCCUCUGGCUCAACAUCUCCAGAAUCCUCCUACUCUUACACCAGGACCCUCAUAUCAGCCGCAUGGCUCGCACGUACCUCCUCUUCGUUCUCCCCGACCUCGUCGCCAACUCCUUCAUUCAUCCCCUCCGCAUUUACCUCCGAGCCCAGGGAAUCACCCACCCUCUCACGUUAGCCUCCCUCGCCGGCACCGUCCUCCAUCUGCCCUUCAACUUCCUACUCGUCAUCCACCUCCGCCUCGGCGUGGCAGGAGUGGCCGCAGCCUCCGCCGCCUCCAACUUCUCCAUUUUGCUAUUCCUCGUUGCUUAUGUUUGGAUGACGAGGAUACACGAGCCCACGUGGACGAAACCGAGCAGAGAGUGUUUGAGUGGCUGGGAGCCGCUGCUUCGGCUGGCCGCGCCGAGCUGUGCAUCGGUUUGCUUGGAAUGGUGGUGGUACGAGAUCAUGAUCAUUUUGUGCGGGCUACUGGUGGACCCCAGGGCGACCGUGGCUUCCAUGGGCAUAUUGAUCCAAACGACGUCGUUGAUCUACGUGUUCCCAUCAUCGCUCGGGUUCGCGGUGUCCACUCGGGUCGGAAACGAGCUAGGGGCAGCCAGGCCCUGCCGGGCGAAAUUAUCGGCCGUCGUAUCUGUGUUCAUCGCGUCCGUGAUGGGCUUCUCCGCCACGAUAUUCGCUUCCGCUAUAAGGUACAGGUGGGGCCGCAUGUUCACUGACGACGACCAGAUCCUACGGUUGACCUCGGCGGCAUUGCCCAUCCUAGGGCUGUGCGAGCUAGGUAACUGUCCGCAAACGGUGGGGUGCGGCGUCGUGAGAGGGACAGCGCGACCCACCAUGGCCGCUAACGUGAACCUGAGCGCAUUCUAUCUGGUGGGGAUGCCCGUGGCAGUUGGGCUCGGGUUCUGGCUCGAUCUUGGGUUUCGCGGGCUUUGGUUGGGCCUGCUGUGUGCCCAGGUUUGCUGCGCGGGGCUCAUGUUGUAUGAGAUUGGGACCACCGAUUGGGAAUUCCAAGCCUGCCGCGCCCAGCUCCUGACGUCCGUCGAUAAUUCAGAGAAGGGAUCAGGUGUUGAUGAUAACGAUAUGGACGGCCAGCAGGAGCCACUGAUGAGCAUCACGGUCACGGCCUCGUCCUGAUUGACCGACCCAAAAGCCGACGUCCACAUCUGAUUUUGAUUUUUUUUAUAAUUGAUUUGUAAUUUUUUUAGAACAAUAGUGAAUUAAUUUUUUUUUUAGAAGGGAGAAAUGAAGCAGACUGAUUUGGAUUGUGUGAUUCGCCACAUACUACUAAUCAAUAAAUUUAUUUGUUU